AUGCAAGGUCUCGCAGUCCAGCGCAAGGGUCCUGAAUGCCCUGAGCACCUCAUCUUCAUUGGGACAGCCUGCCCCCUAGGUUUACAAGUAAAAGUUACCAAACUGAAAAAAGAGCGAAUUUUAGAUGCACAAAGACUAGAAGAAUUCUUCACCAAAAAUCAGCAACUGAGAGAACAACAGAAAGUUCUUCAUGAAACCAUUAAGGUUUUAGAAGAUCGAUUGAGAGCUGGCUUAUGUGAUCGCUGUGCAGUAACUGAAGAACACAUGAGGAAAAAACAGCAAGAAUUUGAAAAUAUCCGGCAGCAAAACCUUAAACUUAUCACAGAGCUUAUGAAUGAAAAGAAUACUCUACAAGAAGAAAAUAAAAAGCUUUCUGAACAGCUGCAGCAGAAAAUUGAGAAUGGUCUACAGCAUCAAGCAACUGAGCUUGACUCAGAGGAAAAUGUUAUUUCAGGUUCACCAAUAACAGCCUUCUCAUUUUCUGGUACUAACCGGCUACGAAGAAAAGAGAAUCUCCAUGUUCCAUAUGUAGAACAAACACAUACUAAGCUGGAGCGCACUGUGUGUGCAAAUGAAUUGAAAAAAGUUCCAAAGUCUUCAACUCAACAACAUAACCCAAAUGAAAAGGAAAUUUUGGUGGCUGACACUUGUGAUCAAAGUCAAUCUCCAGUGGCUAAAACACAUGGAACGAGCAUUUAUCCUUCUAAGUCAUCUUUUAAUUUAGCUACAGUUGUUGCUGAAACACUUGGACUUAAUGUUCAAGAAGAAUCGGAAUCUCAAGGCCCCAUGAGUCCCCUUGGAGAUGAACUGUACCACUGUUUAGGAGGUGACAAGAAAAAACCUUUUGAGGAAUCUAUAAUAAAUGGCGAAGAUGCUUUAAGAUUUUCAGAUUGUAUUUCAAAGACUCCUCCUCGUGAAGAAUUGGCUACUCGGGUGUCAUCACCUGUAUUUGGAGCUACCUCUAGCAUGAAGAGUGGAUUAAGUUUAAAUACAAGUUUGUCCCCUUCUCUUUUAGAGACUGGGAAAAAAAACCAUCUGAAAAUAGCACCUUUCAUUAAUACUUCUAAUUCUAGAUUAGAGAAGGCUAGGUCAAAAUCUGAAGAUAGUGUACUUUAUACACAUCAUAAUCUUGGGUCUGAAGUGAACAGAAUCAUUAGUCAGUCACCUUCUAAUAAGCAGAUGCUUAUAAGUAAAAAUAUAAGUGAAUCCACAGGUGAGCAGGAUAGUAUUCAUCACACGAAAGAUGCUGUGAUGGACAAACAUUCGGUGCCCCUGAAAUCACUGGUAGGUAGAACUUCCAAAAGGAAGAAAACUGAGGAUGAAAGUGAAGAUGAAGAAAGCUGUCCCCAGGCCUCGUUUGAUAAAGAAAAUGCUUUCCCUUUCCCUACGGAUAGUCAUUUUUCUGUGAAUGGAGACAAUGUGAUGGAAAAACCCCUGGAUCUGUCCGGUCCAUUUUCAUCUGUUCAACGUCAAGAGAAAAGUCAAGGAAGUGAAACCUCUAAAAUCAGGUGUAGGCAAAUGAAUCUCUAUGAGACUUUGAAGCCCAUUCCAAAGGGCUCUUCCUCAAGCCGCAAGGCCUUUAGUGGGAGCUAUAUGUCAGCCAGAGACGACCCAGAGGAGCCAAGUUUUCAGGAAAGCAUCCUCCAAACCUUGAGCAAAUCCUCUCUAGAUAAAGCACCAUUGCAAAUAAAGGAAGAAAAUCCUGUCUUCAAGAUUCCUCUUCGUCCACGUGAAAGUUUGGAGACAGAAAAUCUUUUUGAUGAUAUAAAGGGUACUGGUUCUCUUGAGUCAAUAAAAAUAAAGAGCAAAUCUGUUCAUGGAGCAUGUGAACUUGCAUCGGUUCUUCAGUUAAAUCCAUGUAGAACUGCUAAAACAAAGUCUCUACAAAAUAACCAAGAUGUGCCCUUUGAAAAUAUCCAGUGGAGUAUAGAUCCAGGAGCAGACUUCUCUCAGUAUAAAAUGGAUGUCACUGUAAUAGAUACAAAGGAUGGAAGCCAGUCAAGAUUAGCAGGAGGAGAGACAGUGGAUAUGGACUGUACAUUGGUUAGUGAAACUAUGCUUUUAAAAAUGAAGAAGCAAGAGCAUAAGGGAGAAAAAAGUCCAAAUGAAGAAAGAGAAAUGAAUGAUAGCUUGGAAGAUAUGUUUGAUCGAACGACACAUGAAGAAUAUGAAUCCUGUUUGCCAGAGAGCUUCCCACAAGUAGUAGAUGAAGAGGAGGAAUUUUCAACCACCACAAAGAAAUCAAAUGCUCACAGUGAUAAACAAGAUAAAGUCAAACAGAAAGCAUUUGUGGAGCCUUAUUUUAAAGAAGAUGAAAGAGAGACAGGCUUACCAAACUUUCCUCAUAUUGAGGUAGUCCGGAAAAAAGAAGAAAGAAGAAAAUUGCUUGGGCACACUUGUAAGGAAUGUGAAAUUUAUUAUGCAGAUAUCCCAGGAGAAGAAAGAGAAAAAAAGUUGGCUUCCUGCUCAAGACACCGAUUUCGCCACAUCCCACCCAGCACUCCAGAGAAUUUCUGGGAAGUUGGUUUUCCUUCUACUCAAACUUGUAUGGAGAGAGGUUAUAUUAAAGAAGAUCUUGAUCCUUGUCCUCGCCCAAAAAGACGGCAGCCUUACAAUGCAAUGUUUUCUCCAAAAGGCAAAAAGCAGAAGAUAUAGAUGUUCAAGAAAAAGAGAAUAAGGGACAUUUUUUUUCUUUUUAGUUAUUUAUAGUUAAAGUUGGUAUUACACACU